AUGGUCAACGGAAAAUGCUCUAAAUUCUUUCCCAAGAGUUACGUCGAGAACACUACGGUUGACAAAGAUGGAUAUCCUGUAUACAGGAGAAGAGAUACCGGAGCAUUUGUUGAGAAGAAUGGUUUCAAGUGUGACAACAGAUACGUGUCAGCACAGAGCAAUACGAACAAAGACAACGAUGAUCCUGAGAAGCCGAAGAAUGAGAUCAAAGAUUUUUUCGAUUGCAGAUAUGUCUCAGCCUCCGAGGCGGUUUGGCGGAUUCUUAAAUUUCCAAUGCACUGGAGAUCAACACCUGUUGAGAAGCUAGCUUUCCAUCUCGAAGGCAAACAACUCCUCUAUUUUAAAGCAGAUGAUGAUGUCCAAAAUAUUUUGAGUCGCAAAUCCGCUGAGAUCUCUCAAAUGAUCGCGUGGUUUAGAUUGAACGAGACAAAUGAGUUUGCAAGAACACUGACAUUUGCACAGAUCCCUAACUACUUCACUUACAACAAGAAAGAUCGGGAAUUUAGACCAAGGAAACAGGCGAAGAUCAGAACCUACCGAGGUGUCGUUUAUGAAAAGUUUAAGGAAGCAUGCUAUGCAAGAGGACUGCUAGAUGAUGAUGAGGUGUGGGUUGAUAGUAUCAAAAGUGCAAGCGAAUGGUGUUUCGGUGAUCAUCUUCGAAAUCUUUUUGCGGUUAUGCUUGCCAGUGAUUGCUUUACAACACCGGAGGAUGUUUGGGAAAGAACAUGGCACAUCCUAGCGGAAGACAUGGAGGAGAAGAAGAGGAUUGAAAAUGAAAAUCCAGCUCUUAUUCUGGACGAGAAACAGAAGAGGAAUUUCGUUCUUCAGGAGAUUCAAAUGGUGAUGUUAAGGAAUGGGACAUCGUUGUCUAAUUAUACAUCAAUGCCCCAACCACAGAAAGAUGACUUCGCCUAUUCAAAUCGAUUGUUAACUGACGAGCUAAGCUACGACAAAGACUUGCUGAAGGUUAAACAUGAUGAAUGGAUAAAGAUGAUGACUACCGAGCAGAAGGGUGUUUACGAUGAGAUCACUGGAGCGAGGGAGAUUGUUCUGAACGUUGCUUCUAGCGGGAUAGCUUCUUUGUUGUUAGAAGGUGGACGUACUGCUCAUUCAAGGUUUGCCAUUCCAAUAAAUCCUGAUGAUUUCACAAUGUGUAAAUUCGCACCAGGCUCCGAUCUUGGGAAUCUUGCUAAGCAAGCAUCGCUUAUUAUUUGGGAUGAAGCGCCUAUGAUGAGCAAGUAUUGUUUCGAGGCUCUGGAUAGGUCUUUACGAGACGUUAUUGGUAAUGUUGACAACAAGCCUUUUGUGGGGAAGGUUAUGUAUUUGGUGGUGAUUUCAGACAAGUUCUUCGUGAUUGUAAAUGCCGGUCGUGCGGAGAUUGUACUUGCUUCAUUGAAUUCUUCUUAUCUAUGGGAACAUUGCAAAGUAUUGAAGUUAACGAAGAAUAUGAGGCUGUUUAAUAGCAGUUUGAAUGCUGAAGAGGCCAAAGAAAUAAGUGAUUUCUCAGAUUGGUUGCUUGAUGUUGGAGAUGGGAAGCUUUCUGAGCCUAACGAUGGUGAGGCGAAAUAG